GCGGGUUUCUAAAUUUGCAGACAAUUUUCGCGAACUUUUUGUCUUCCCGCGGAAAACAGAAGCCGGAGACAGGACAAGGUUCAGGAAGUAUUUCUUUAGUUGGAGGUUGUUUUCAGGACUGAAAACAUAGAAGGGAGCAAGAGAAAGGUUGUUUCUAAAAACAAAGGAGUGCUCGUUUGAGAUUGUCAACAAUAUGGACGUGCCACAGGCAGAGCACUCUGAUGACAGUGAUUUUGAUGAAGGAAGAGGGAAGAAGAGAUCGAAACAUGAAGGGGCUGGGAAGAAGAGUAAGAAACAUAAGAGCAAACCAAGACCAGAAGUGGAAGUAGAGAACGUUGGAGAACCCGUCACCCUCUUUGAGAUCGUCAGACAAGGAAAAGGAGCUCUCCAGACCGUUGUGGAUGAAUGGAUCGAGUCAUACAAAGCGAACCGCGACACAGCUCUCCUAGAUCUGAUUAACUUCUUCAUCCAAUGCUCUGGAUGUAAAGGAACCGUCACUCUUGAGAUGUAUUCCAACAUGGAGCAUAGUGACAUCAUCAGACGGAUGACGGAGGAAUUUGACGAGGAGAGUGGUGACUAUCCACUGAUAAUCAACGGCCCGCUCUACAAGAAGUUCAGACAGAAUUUCUGUGAUUUCAUUUCUGUGUUGGUGCGCCAAUGCCAGUACAGCAUUCUGUAUGAUCAGUUUAUGAUGGAUAAUGUCAUCUCGCUGCUGACUGGUCUCAGCGAUUCACAGGUCCGAGCUUUCAGACACACUAGCACGUUGGCAGCUAUGAAACUCAUGACGUCGCUAGUAAAUGUCGCCCUCAAUCUCAGUGUCAAUUUGGACAACACGCAGCGACAGCACGACACAGAGCGUGCAAAGCAGUCCUCUAAACGAGCCAGCGAGAGAAUCGAGAUGCUGCUGGCCAAGAGGCAGGAAAUCAUUGAAAAUACCGAAGAAGUCCAACAGAUGAUGAAUAACAUCUUCAAAGGCAUCUUUGUUCAUCGUUAUCGUGAUACACAGCCAGAGAUUCGUUCCAUCUGUAUGGGAGAGAUUGGUCUAUGGAUGAAGAACUAUAGUGAGAUGUUUCUGAGUGAUAGUUACCUUAAAUACAUCGGAUGGACUCUUCACGACAAGGUCGGUGACGUUAGGCUCAAGUGCCUCUCUGCCUUACAGACUCUCUUCAGCAUCACAGAGCUCGUCCCAAAGUUGGAGCUCUUCACAAAUCGCUUUAAGGAUCGCAUUGUUUCCAUGACACUGGACAAAGAGACUGAAGUAGCUGUGCAUGCCAUCAAACUGACCACUCUAGUUCUAAAAAUCAACGAUGAAAUCUUAUCAGCUGAAGACUGUGAGAAUGUUUACCAGCUAGUCUAUGCCUCAAGCCGUGCCGUUGCCCAAGCUGCUGGGGAGUUCUUGAAUGAGAGACUAUUCAAGAGGGAAGAUCCAGACAGUAGUAAAGCUAAGAGAACCAAAAGACGGAGUGCUAAUGCACCCCUCAUUAAGGACUUGGUGCAGUUCUUCAUUGAGAGCGAGCUCCAUGAACAUGCAGCUUAUCUAGUGGAUUCUCUAUGGGAUAUCAAUGAUAUGGUAAGAGAUUGGGAUUGUAUGACGGAACUCCUUCUUGAAGAGCCUGGACGUGGUGAAGAAGCGAUGGACGAUCGACAGGAAACUGCACUGAUUGAGAUCAUGGUUAGUGCGGUGCGCCAGGCAGCACAGGGUCAUCCUCCAGUCGGCCGUGGCUCUGCCAAAAGACAGCAGAUGUUGACCAGUAAAGAGAAGAAAACAGUGCAAGACGAUCGACUCAAACUCACAGAGCAUUUCAUCGUUAAACUACCAGAACUCCUCUCCAAGUACAAAGUGGAUUGGGAUAAAGUGUCUAAUCUUCUGGAGAUCCCACAACAUUUUGAGGUUGAGAUCUACACAACGAGUCGUCUUGAGAAACAUCUGGACUCACUCCUCAGAGAGAUGAAGGAGAUUGUUGAGAGACACACAGAGAGUGAGGUUUUGAACGCUUGCUCCAAGACCUAUGAGUGCUUAAUGAGAGAGCAGUACAGCACAACGCCUAAAGUAGACGUAGCUAGGAGUACUUUACUGGAUAGCAUUGCUGAACGAUUCAAUCUUAGUUAUGAUGUUUUCCAAACUACAAGCCAACCGAAUGAAGAUGAAGUGUAUGCUUUGUCAUCUAGCAUCAAAAGGAUAACCGCAUUCUUUGUCUGUCAUGAUUUGACGCCAUGGCAACUGUUUGACAUGUUAUUUGGAUUAGUGAAGAAGUCUCCAGAGCGAGGGGAUCUACCUGAGUCAAUCUUCACCAAUGCUGUGGCAUGUACUCAUUACUCUUUACUGUGGAGUCUAACAAGAUUGAAUGAACACAACCCAGAUAAGUCUGAAAUGUUACAUCUUCGUAAGCGAACCAGUGAGGUAAUCCGAACCUGCUCCAAGCUUCUCUUAGACAGCAGUGAUGCCAUCAAGGAAGAAGGCUUCAUCACUAUCUGUGAUCUCCUCAUUGUCUUUGGGAAGCAGAUGGGUUCCAAUGCUGUCCUGGCGCCACUCAUCUAUGACCCUAAUGAGAACCUGCAAAACAUGCUCUCAGACUUCGUCCAGGAACAUGUCUUCAUUGAGGAGGAGGAAGAUGAUGAUGAUGAAGAAGGAGAUGAUUCCCAUAAGAUUGAGAUUCUUCAUAAGAGACGUAAUCUCCUCGCCUCCUUCUGUAAGCUCAUUGUCUUCAAUGUUAUCGAGAUGAAGAAUGCUGCUGGAAUCUUUAAGCACUACAUGAAGUACUACAAUGACUACGGAGACAUCAUUAAGAUGACACUUGCCAAAUCCAGGGAGAAUAACAAGAUUGCUUGCGCCCAAACCCUCGGACUUAGCUUGACUCAGUUGUUCCGUGACAUGAAGAGUGAAGAAGGUUAUGACGAUGUGCGAACCCAAGCUCAGCUCAACGCCAUCAAGGAGCUGGCUAGAAGGUUCUCUCUUACCUUUGGCUUGGACCAGAUUAAGACCAGAGAUGCCGUGGCUGCACUUCACAAGGAAGGUAUUCACUUCAGCCUAACCCCGAUGGACAAUCCAAACGAAGCAGACGGCCCGCCACCAAACCUCGGCUACUUAGAAAUACUGGCUGAGUUCACAACCAAACUCAUGAAGAUGGACAAGAAAACUGUCUUAACCUACCUUGAGAAGAAUCUGAAAGAAGGCAUGCUAGGCAGACAAGAAGAUCCGUGGGCUCCACUGCGGACGUAUCGCAACAGCUUACUACAAGAGGCUCCUGGUGAACAAUCUGGAAAGUCUCAUAAACACAUAAAGAAACAUCGCAAGGGUGGUGUCAAGAGAAAGCUAGCCAUGCAAGGAGUUGAUGAUGGUACAGACAGUCAAUGGAUGUCUAAGCAUCCUCACAUGGGUGGCAACCAAAGCAUGAUGAAGCGCCCUCGCUUGGAGGAAGAAAUCUCAUCCACGCAAGGAUCUGAACGAGAUUUUGAUUAUGGCUCACAAUGGACACCAAGGCAUCCCCAUCAUCACCACGUCGAUGAAGAAGAAGAAGAAGAAGAGGAGGAAGAAGAAGAUGAAGAAGAAGAUGAAGAGGAAGAUGAAGAACAGGAAGAUGAUUUCCAAGAAGGCCAGGCCAUGCAAGUUCUUGAGGAAAUGCAGAUGGGACCGUUCUAAGUGCUGUGAUUUUGCUGGAUUCGUCAGACUGUGUCUUGUUGGAUUCAUCAGAGGCUGCGAUGGUGUUGGAUCCUUUAACAAUGUUAAUACAAUACACUAUAUUCUGGGUGAUUGUUCAUUCUUUGUUGCGGGGAGGGGAGGGUUUAACCCAGUGGCUAGUGAUGUCUGGACAUACAAUGCGAUGAUCACACAGAUAUGUAUGGUCUCUUUAUGGUUAAAUUAACAUGGGGAGGGGGAAGCGGGGGUUGUACAGUGAUGGGUCUUUAAUGUUUGUCAAUAGUUUGUGCUUUGUAGCCUUAUACAUUUGAAAACAAAAUCAGUUCUGUUGGUGGUAUUUUCAUCAUACAAAGCCAAAAUUGCCGGAUGAUUAAAUCUGAAGUUUUUGUGAAACUCUGUGUCACUUCUCACUCUUGAAUUUUCAGAAUUUCUAUGGACCAAAGUUGAUCUUAUCACGUUAUUAUAAAGACAGAGUUUUUCUUAACGUUAGUUGCAAAAGGUGUUUAAAUUAUUGUUAUUUUUACCAGAAUUUAGAGAGCAAAAGAAAUUACGUCUUGUAUUUCACCUCAUGUUUUAUUAAGAUUAAUGUAAUGUCAAUUCUCGUACCUACCUACUAGUAAUUUUCCUUCAAUUGUUUUUAAAACCUUGUAUAUAUACUUUAUUCUGCCAUCUUUAUUUAAAAUGUUGUAUUUCAACCUGUUACAAAUGGUUAUUUCAGUGCAAAAAAAUAUCCACUAUUGGUCAAUGUCUAAAGAUUUAAAAUAAAUAAAUGUUGAAAGUGUUUGAGUCGCACCUCCUUCUAUUUCUCCAAGAUGACACAAAAUGACAGCAUUCUGUCCAAAUGCUAGCUAGCUAGUAACAGCUGAGUGGUGCUUGACUAGUUUAGCAUUAGCUUUGGUGCAAGACCUUGUUCAUUAUCAAGUAUCACGAUUCACUCUCCACACACAUUAAUAUCAAACAAUCUCUUGGGCGCUGUAGGGAAAACGGCCUCUAUUGGUUGAAUAGUCGUAACGUGGGUAAGCGUUGAGUGUAUGUAACGUGGGUGGCGUUGAGUGUAUGUAGGCACACUGUGGUUUUACUGUCUCAACAAGAAUACCUUGCAUCAGGACUAGUUCAGUAUCUGUAUUUAAUAUGAAACGUGGAACAGUGAAAUGACAAACUAACUUGUCCCGCUUUCGUUUUUGCACUGACACAUUUUUUUUAACUUGAUUGUGUUUUUGAUUAAAUAUCUUUAUUUGGAAAACCUUCAUGGACAACUCAUCAAGUCAUGGAAAUAAAUGUUUUUUAAAACGCUCCGUAAACAGA